AUGUUGCGCCGCAUCUCGUCGACGGUACCCCGCCGUCCCAUCUCCGCUAUCUCGCAGGCGGCCCCAACUCGCUUCGCUGCCCGUGCUCGCACACCGCGCGCCCAGCUCGCACUCAGGUCAUUCGCGACCGGUCUCUCGCAGGACGCGACGCCGACGCCCGCCUCGUCCGUCUUUGCGCCCCUCGACACUUUCACGCGCAGGCAUGUCGGACCUCAGGAGCACUCGAUCCGCAAGAUGCUCGACUACCUUGGCUACGAGAGCCUCGAUGCGUUCGUCGCAGACUGCGUGCCCGAGGACAUCAGGUUGCCGGAGGACGCAGUGUCGGCGGAAGGAAAGGACGGAAUCCGGGCACUCAGCGAAACCGAGUUGCUGAGGCGCGCAAAGGAGCUGGGACGCAAGAACAAGGUCACGAGGAGCUUCAUCGGACUUGGCUACCACCAGGCGGUUCUCCCCCAGGUCAUCCUCCGCAACAUCCUCGAGAACCACGGCUGGUUCUCGCAGUACUCUCCCUACCAGGCUGAGAUCUCGCAAGGCCGCCUCGAGUCGCUUAUCAACUUCCAGAGUCUCACGACCUCGCUCACCGGCCUCGACAUCGCCAAUGCCUCCCUCCUCGACGAGGGUACGGCCGCCGCAGAAGGCAUGAUCAUGGCGUUCGGUCAGGCUCGCGAGAAGCGCAAGACCAUCUUCGUCGACCGCAGCGUCCUGCCGCAGACUGUCGGCGUCGUCAAGACUCGCGCUGAGCCGUUCGGUAUCAAGGUCGUCGUUGGAGACGUUCGCUCGCUUCUUUCCGAGGAGUCGGGCAACAAGGAGCAGCACAAGGACCUCCUCGGUGUUCUCGUGCAGUACCCGGAGAUGCGAGGAGAAGUAACGGACUGGGAGGCGAUGGCGAAGCGCACGCACGACCUCGGCGGUCUCGUCCUCUGCGCGACCGACUUCCUCGCGCUCACAAUGCUCAAGCCGCCCGGUGAAUGGGGCGCCGACAUCGCCUUCGGCAACGCCGCUCGCUUCGGUGUGCCUCUCGGCUACGGUGGACCGCACGCCGCCUUCUUCGCCUGCACCGACAAGCUCAAGCGCAGGAUGCCCGGCAGGUUGAUUGGCUUGUCGAAGGACGCCGAGGGUCGCCCCGCGUACCGCCUCGCCCUCCAGACUCGCGAGCAGCACAUCCGUCGCGAGAAGGCCACCUCGAACAUCUGCACGGCUCAGGCCCUGCUCGCCAACAUCUCGGCCAUGUACGCCGUCUACCACGGUCCGGAGGGUCUCCGCCAGAUCGCCGAGAAGGUGCACGGCCUCGCCCGCGUUGUCGCUGCUGCCGUCGAGAAGCUCGGGCACAAGGUUCUCAACCCGACCUACUUCGACAGCCUCACGAUCCGCCUCGGCGGAACUGCCGCGAGCGUCCUGCACGAGGCGGCCGUCGCCAAGGAUAUCAACCUCCGCCGCGUCGACGACCACCACGUCGCCGUCACGUUCGACGAGAGCCACUCGCUCGAGGACGUCCUCGACCUCUUGAACGUCUUCGUCUCGAUCCAGACGAGCGUCAAGAGCCGCCAAGUCCAGCCAUUCACCGACGAGUCGCUCAUCGCUUUCGCCCAGUCGAUCGGCGUACAGGCGCCGAAGCCUAUGCGCGCUACGUUGGGCCAGAAAUCGAGCGGCGAGGGCAUCCCGCCUAUCGAGUCGCCCGCCAUCCCCUCCAAUCUCGCUCGCACGAGUCCGUUCCUCACCCAGUCCGUCUGGAACUCGCACCAUUCGGAGACCGACCUCAUCCGGUACAUGCAUCACCUCCAGUCGAAGGAUCUCUCGCUCGUUCACGCUCCCAUCCCGCUCGGAAGCUGCACGAUGAAGCUCAACCCGACCACCGCCCUCACUCCCUUCACCUGGGACGAGUUUGCCAAGAUUCACCCCUUCGCUCCCGCCGACCAGGCCCGCGGGUACAAGGAGAUGCUUGACGAGCUCGCGCACGACCUGUCGAAGCUCACCGGCCUCCCCGGCUGCUCCCUCCAGCCCAACUCGGGUGCCCAAGGCGAGUACGCCGGUCUCUCCGUCAUUCGCGCCUACCACCGCAGCCGUGGCGACGAGCAUCGCACCAUCUGCUUGAUUCCCGCGUCAGCUCACGGCACCAACCCGGCAUCGGCGAUCAUGGCCGGCAUGCGCGUCGUUCCCGUCAAGAACCUCGCCGAUGGUUCUCUCGACCUCGCCGACUUCAAGGCCAAGGUCGACCAGCACCGCGACAACCUCGCUGCAUUCAUGGUCACGUACCCGUCGACGUUUGGCGUCUUUGAGGACACGAUUACGGAAGCGUGCCGCCUCGUUCAUGAAGCAGGGGGACAAGUCUACCUAGACGGCGCGAACUUCAACGCUAUGGCCGGACUGGUCGCUCCGGGUCGGUUGAACGUCCGCCAGAAGCACCAGAGCGCAGAUGCGAUACAUCUCAACCUCCACAAGUCGUUCAGCAUUCCACACGGUGGUGGCGGCCCGGGCAUGGGGCCCAUCUGCGUCGCCGAGCACCUCAUCCCAUUCCUUCCCGGCAAUCCCAUCGUUCCCAGCGCGAGCAAGGACGCCAUCGGUCCAAUCUCGGCCGCUCCCUUCGGCAGCGCCAGCAUUCUCUCCAUCUCCUGGGCGUACAUCAAGAUGCUCGGUGCCGACGGCCUCAAGCUGUCAACGAAGUUGGCGCUCCUGAACGCCAACUACGCCAUGAACCGCCUCAAGGACCACUACCGCGUUCGUUUCGUCAACAAGACCGGCCGCUGCGCGCACGAGUUCCUCAUCGACCUCGCCGAGUUUGACGACAAGGCAGGCUUGAAGGUCAUGGACAUCGCGAAGCGCCUGCAGGACUUCGGCAUCCACCCGCCGACUUGCUCGUGGCCCAUCUCGACGGCGAUGCUCAUCGAGCCGACCGAGUCGGAGGGCCUCCGCGACAUCGACCUCUUCUGCGACGCCAUGAUCAAGAUCCGCAAGGAGAUUGACGAGAUCAUCGAGGGCAAGCAGCCGCGCGACAACAACAUCAUUACGAACGCGCCGCACACUCAGCAGGUGCUGCUCGCGGAGAAGUGGGACCGACCGUACUCGCGCGAGGAGGCAGCCUACCCGAUGAAGUCGCUCCGCACUCGCAAGUUCUGGCCGACCGUCUCGAGGGUCGACGACAAGUACGGCGACCUCAACCUCUUCUGCGAAUGCUCCGACGUCGAGGCGUAUGCCGACAUUGACGCAUAA